AUGCAUCUCGAGCUGAGGCUGCUGACGCGCGACCCCGCGAGCGGCGAGGACGGCCCCGAGUCGCCGCCCAUGCUGGUGUUGGUGGCGGACCUGCCGCGCGACGCCGCGGACCUCUUGUCGAGGUUCGCGCGGCGCUUCUUGGCUGACGACGACAUGGCCAUCCUCACGACGGCCACGCCGGUGAGCGUCCGCAUCGGAGGCCGGGAAUACGCCCUGUCCGACUCCCGGUCCUACGGGACCUUCGCGGGCUUCGCGGCGCGCUUCAACGACUGCGACACGAUCGAGUACGCGUACGCGGCCGCGCGGCCGCGCGAGCCCGUCGUCGACCUCUCGUCGUCGAUCAUGUCGACGUACCGGGGCGCCGUCGCGUGGGAGCGCGAGGCGCCCCACUUCUUCCCGCCCCCCGUCGCGGCGCCGGCGGGCGCCGGCGGAGCGGCCGGCGACGGCGUCGCCGAGGCGACGGACGACGGCGCGACGGCGCUGCGCGCGCUGCGCGCGCAGAAGCGCAAGGAGAAGACCACAUCCCUGGCCUUCCCGAACGGCACGCGCGCGUCCGUCGAGUGGGCCGCGACGCCCCCGACGGCCGCGCAGCCUUUGACGCUCAGCUCGACGCUCGCGAGCCCGUUCCGCGCGGCGCUCGCGCGCGACGCCGCGCUCCGGGCGUCGUCCCCCGCGGACCUGUGCGCGGCGAGCCCCGACGACGAGGUCGUCAACUUCUACUUCCAGGAGCACGGCGCGCUCACGAACGUCGUCGUCGCCGGCGGCCGCGCCUACGUCCUCUGGCCCGACCUCCUCGAGCUCGCCUGCCUCCGCGACGUGCUCGAGAGGGCGUUCGACGUCAGCCCCGAGGCGGCGAUCCGCCUCGCGCCGACGCCCUUCGAGAUCACCUGCCCCUUCUGCGACUGGCGCGCGGGCGCGAGGAUGAACGACGGCGGCGCUCUGCGAUGCCAUUUGGACGGCGCGCGGCACGAACACGCCGACCCGACGACGGUGCGGCGGUGCCACGAGCGCCUCCGGCGCCUGCUGAACCACUCGUCGCUCGGCGCGGACGAAGGCCUCCGCCGCGCGCCGGUCGCGGUGCCGACGCCGCGCCCGCCGACGGGCGGCGUUCUGCGGCUGGUGCCGCCGGGCGUGCGGCUGGCGCCGGCGGCGCUGGCGUUGAACGCGCUGCUCGUGUCGGGCGCGCUCGAGCGCAACCACCCGAUGGCGGAGCGCGUGCUCGCCUGGGCGCGCCUGGUCUCCGGCGAGGCCGUCGGGUGGCGCGCGACGGAGUCGCUGCUGCCACUCGAGCGCCUCAUCCACAGGAAGGGCUUCAUCUACGAGCAGCGCGGCGGCGCCGGGCUGUCGGACCUCGGCCGCCGCUGCGUGCCGACGCUGGCCACGAUCGCGGCGACGAACGACGUCUUGAUCGGGCCCGACCUGUUGCGACGGGUCCGCCUCGCGGUCCAGGCGGCGAGCGGGCCCUACUCGCCCGGCCUCCUCAAGAUCUACGCACGCAUCGCGCAGGCGUGCGAGGGGACCGUGGUCGUCGGCGCGGGCGACCCGUCUCUCCGCGUCGAGGCCGUCGUCGUCGCCGCCAAGUUCGACGGCGUGCCGUUGACGCCGGACAUCGGCGCGGUCUACAACCGGCUCGCGACGGCCGAGGCCCGGUUGGUGUCGCCGGUCAUCUGCGUCGGCUUCGUGCCCCCCGUCGACCUGUCCCGGGCGCGGGCCUUCCGCGCGGCGGCCUUGGCCGACCCCGUCGCGGCGAAGACCGAGCUCGCGAAGCAGCACCAGGUCGCCACCAACGUGGAUUUUUACCAUGUUGCAAUUGGUGGCACGGCCCUGACGCUCCAGGUACUAGAGUCGGGGAUGAUCGUGAGCAUGAGCAACAAGAACCCCGCGAAGCUGACGUGGGUCGCCGGCGCGUUCUGCCCCGCGACGUCGCUGACGACCGCGGUCCCCCCUUCUGGCUCCACCCUUACCUACCCCACCUCUUCCCUCAAGAUGAUCAACGCGAGCGGCAUGGCGCUCAUCGACGACGACAAGUUCCUCGUCGUCGCGGACGCGGGGCAGGGCUCGGCCUUGGUCGUCGUCUCCUACCCGUACCGGUGGAGCGCGAGCCUCGAGCCCUCGAAGGUCUUCCGCCUCGCCGCGAUCGCGGGCCUCGAGCAGGCCCAGCUCUUCGACCUCGCGCGCUCGGGCCGGCCGUCGCCGACGCUCCACCAGACGAUGGUGAUCGCGUGCGUGGGAUCCGCCGGCGGCGGGUCGCUUCUCGUCGCGGACGUGCUGCUCCCGCUGGUCCCCGGCCGCGAGGUCCUGGUCAAGCGCCGCGUGCUGCUCUCGGGCGCGCCCUGCCAGGUCUGCGUCGACGCCUCGCUCUGCUACGUGACGGUCUGGGGGGCCGAUUCCGCGGCCGCGGCGCCGGACUUUGUCGUCGAGGUCAACCUUUUGGGGCUCGGGCAUCGGCAAUACGGUGCCGCCUUCCCCCACGAAGACACCAUCUGGGGCGUCGCCGUGGUCCUCGUCAAGGACUCCGACGGCGCGCUGCGGCGGCGCGUCGUCGUCGGGACAGUGGGCGGCUGCCAGCUCGUCGCGUGCGACCCGGACGGCGUCGCGAACGCGGUGCUCGUGGGCGACCGCUUCCAGAGCGGCGACGGGGACGGCGCCCUGGGCAUGGCCCGGUUGUCCCAGCCCGUGGGCCUCGUCGUGUCGCCCCACGCGGGCUCGAGCCUCUACGUCGCGUCGACCGCGGGCCAGUGCGACGGCUCCGUGCGCCUCGUGAACUUCCAGACGGCGGGCCUCGUGCGCUUCCUGCGGUCUUUGUCCGAGCUCUGCGAGGCGUGCAGCCUCGUGGACGACCUCAAGUACAUCAAGCGGCACCUCGACCGGCUGAACUUUGCGGACAUGAACGCCUACGACGACCAUCUCCGGCGGCGGCCGUUCCUCGAGGCCGUGGGGGCUGCUCGGCGGGCCACGAGCUAUUUUGUGGACAACAUGGACGCCAUGGGCGCGGCGGUGUCGCGUUCAGGGGGCGUCAUUGCGACCCAGGGCCCCGAGGCGACGCCCUCGAGCGCGACGGUCCGUCGCCUGCUCGGCGACCUGCAGUCGCUCGAGGACGCCUUCUUCGAGCUGCUCGACGACGGGGAGACGGGGCUGGCGCGACACGUUCUAGACACGACGCUCGACAUGGGGACGGACGCCGUGACGACGGACGCCGAGCGGAGCAACGCGCAGCAGCGCAUGGCACAGCUGAACGCGUCGCAGGCGGAACUCGGGUCCGCCGACGAGGUCAUCUGCAACGAGCCGGGGACGAUCGAGGACGCCAUCCUCGACGGCGUGCAGACGCCCUUCUGCACGCGCAAGCCGUCGGACGCCAAGGCCUACUACGUCGCGCCCAAGGGCGGCUCCGCGAUCUCGCUGGAAGACGUGGAAAAAGAGCUCGCGCCGCUGCGCACGAGCGCAGCGCCGGUGCUCACGCAGCUCUCCAAGCCCGACAACGACGCCGUCGCGUGCCUUCGGGCCUACUACCCGCGGAGCCCGACGAGCCGGCCCGGCGCGAAGUACCGGGGCAUGACUCCGUACGCGGGCGAGUCCUACGAGGCGGCGCGGCCGCGUCUCGAGGGCGGCGGCGCCGACCAGGAGUCCGACGAGCACGGCGAGGGCAUGGAGGACCCGACGGCGCAGCUGCGGUUUUCCAUCUUUGUCGCUGCCCCGGCCGCCCCCGCCGAGUCGCGGUCCGCCGCCGUGCAACUCGUCUCGCACGCCUUGGUCGCCGGGCAGUGCGUCGUCGUCCGCGCCCCGGAGAGCCCGAACUACGACAUCUGCUACGAUUGCGCUCGGACGAGGGCGGCGGCGAAGGGCCUCUUCGAGUGCGCCCGGUGCGUGCGGUCCUACUGCCGCGCGUGCCUCGACCUGCCCGGGGACGCGGUGCGGCCGCCGACGUGGACGUGCCGCGGACCGCACGACCCCCAGCAGGAUCGGGACUUCGCGGCCCACUGCAUCGAGUGCACCGUCGACAGCUGGUCGCUCAUGACGAUCACGAAGGUGACCAGGGGCGGCACGUCCUACGGCCUCCUCAACCUGCGGGUGGGGCCGCCGUCGCUCGCGGGCGGCGAGGACGAGGGCGGGCC